GGCAACCACAGAUCCACUUGGGUGUUGAGGGAGUGAGUUUAAAGGGUUAGGAGGGGUCAAGCACAUGGGGGAACUUGGCGAACACCGUGCCAGUUUGCUCAACAACCCCGUCCCGGAGGCCAAGACUUCGGGUGGGUCAGAGCAUGGGCAGAGCAAUGGCGGUCUGGGCAAUGGCAAAUUGGGCCACCAGAGUGCGUCCUUUGAGAGCCACUGGCUCCAGGGUUCCCAGGCCACGGAAGGGGUAGACGCAGAAGACCCAGAGGAAGAGAUUCCCCCGGAGGAGGUGCCUGGGGAAGAGCUCCCCGAGGCCCCUAAUCUGGAUGAAAGUCUUGGACGAGAGUUGGAGGUGGAAGUGGUUGAAAUGAGCCAGCUGUCCAUCACUGAGCGGACUCCCAGUGUCUCCAUAGCCAAGAGCAGGAAAAAGAAGGUCCGGAGGCUGCUGGAGCUGGCAAAGCCCAAGACCAACUGGCAAUGCCUGAGAGACAGGAAGGGGUGCUGUUGUAAGGGUUAUGCCUGGAUGUCCCCACACAAGGACAACUUGCAGUUCUGCCUGUAUUGGCCUUCUGUAUACUGGACCGAGCGAUUUAUCGAGGACACCACCUUGACCAUCACGGUCCCUGCGGUGUCCCGCCGGGUGGAGGAGUUGUCGCGGCCCAAGAGGUUCUACCUGGAAUAUUACAACAACAACAGGACAACGCCUAUCUGGCCCAUCCCUCGGUCCACUUUGGAGUAUCAACCGUCUAAUCGGCUGAAGCAACUGGCUAUUCCAAAGGUUCGCAAUAACAUCUGGAGCAUUAACAUGUCUGAGAUUUCCCAGGUGUCCAGAGCAGCCCAGAUGGCAGUCCCCAGCCCACGGACUCUUCACCUGGCAAAGCCCAGGCCCCCGGCCACCCUAUUGGAAGAGUGGGACCCUAUGCCGAAACCCAAGCCUCACGUGUCCGACUACAACCGCCUCCUUCAGCUAGCAACACCCAAGGCCCUGUCAGAAAAGUGUGUUCCUGACCGCAGUCCUCAGUGGGAGGUCCUGGAUGCCACCAAGAGAGCAGUGGCCAGUUCACGGAUCAUCUCUCUGGCCCAGCCCAGAAUACGCAAGGACCUCAAUGAGGGCUACAACCCGUACUACAUCUCCCCAGCCUCUCUCGUGGCUCAGGCAUCUCCUCGCAUUUACGAGCUUGCCACCCCUAAAUACAUCACCAAGAAAGUGUGACCGCCAGGCCUGAUCUCCAGCCCGCCCCCAGUAAACACCCAAGUGCAUCCUUGCCUGUGUGCAUGAUUCACUAAGCUUCGUGGCCUGGGUGGGGGGCAGGCAGGGAUGCCA